UUACGGCAGCGCUGAAGCUUAUAUUCGGCGCCGCUACAUGCACGAUUAAGCUGACGGUUUCAUUCCUGCAGUUACAGAAAUGGACUCUCUGCAUGUGUCCUCGCACCCUGAUGACUUCAAGAGUUUACUGGUCCUGAUUGCUGCUCAGUACGCUCCGACUCAACCACGUGUGUGUGCUAAGGACUGUCCCAAAAAUGUUGUUCACACUUGUCCUGCCUUGGUUCUGGGAGGAGAUGAUGGAACGACUCUGCGUGGUGCCGGCGCUGUCGGGUGGUAUCUGUGCUCUUCAGCCAAGAUGGUGGGCAGCAAUGCCAAGCAGCAGAGCCAGGUGUGGGAGUGGCUGAGCUUUGCCGAAAACGAGCUGAUUCCUCCGGCCUGUUCCGUGGCCUUCCCUCUUUUGGGUGUAACGGGCAUCGACAAAAAGCUUCAGCAGAGUUCUCACGGUGAGCUGCUGCGUGUUCUGAAGAUACUAGAUCAGGCUUUAGAGCCGCGAACGUUCCUGGUCGGAGAGAGCUUGUCUCUGGCCGACGUGGCGGUCGUGACUGCUGUGCUGCUGCCUUUUAAAUAUGUCUUGGAGCCUCCAAAGAGGAAGUCACUGGUGAACGUGAGCAGGUGGUUUGAUACUUGCGUGAACCAGCCUCAGUUCCAGAAGGUGUUGGGUAAAAUCUCUCUCUGUGAGAAAAUGGUGCCUGUGACGCCUAAACCUAACCCUGCUUCCACCGAUGCUGCUGGGAACACUGGCACUGCUAACGGCGAUACACCUAAGACAGAAGCCCAGCUGAAAAAAGAGGCCAAAAAGCGUGAAAAGAUGGAGAAGUUCCAGCAAAAGAAAGAGAUGGAGGAGAAGAAGAAGCAGAUGCAGUCUCAGUCUGAGAAAAAAGCCAAACCGGAAAAGAAGGAACUGGGUGUGAUCACGUACAACAUCAAGACUCCAGAAGGGGAGAAAAAAGAUGUGCUGAGCCCUCUGCCGGACUCGUACAGUCCUCAGUACGUGGAAGCAGCCUGGUACCCCUGGUGGGAGAAACAGGGUUUCUUCAAACCUGAAUAUGGCCGGAAGAGCAUCAGUGAAGUGAACCCUCGUGGGACUUUUAUGAUAUGCAUCCCUCCUCCCAAUGUGACCGGCUCUCUUCAUUUGGGUCAUGCGUUAACCAACGCCAUCCAGGACUGCCUCACCAGAUGGCACAGGAUGAAAGGCGAGACCACGCUGUGGAACCCGGGCUGUGAUCACGCUGGCAUUGCCACUCAGGUGGUGGUGGAGAAGAAACUGAUGAGGGAGAGAGGCAUGACCAGACAUGACCUCGGCCGAGAGAAGUUCAUCGAAGAGGUCUGGAAGUGGAAAGAUGAAAAGGGUGAUCGUAUCUACCACCAGCUGAAGAAACUUGGCUCUUCCCUGGACUGGGACCGAGCAUGUUUCACUAUGGAUCCUAAACUAUCCUACGCUGUUCAGGAGUCGUUUAUCCGUAUGCACGAGGAGGGGGUGAUCUACAGGAGCAAGAGACUGGUCAACUGGUCCUGCACCCUCAACUCUGCCAUCUCCGAUAUAGAGGUGGAUAAGAAAGAGCUGACGGGCAGAACUAUGCUUUCGGUGCCAGGCUAUAAGGAGAAGGUGGAGUUCGGAGUGCUGGUGUCAUUCUCCUACAAGAUCGAGGGAUCAGAUGAGGAGGUGGUUGUAGCGACUACACGUAUCGAGACCAUGUUGGGUGAUACAGGUGUGGCUGUGCAUCCUAAAGAUUCCAGAUAUACGCACCUAAAAGGAAAGGUGGCGAUUCACCCAUUCUGUAACCGUAAGCUUCCCAUCGUGUUCGACGACUUUGUGGACAUGGAGUUUGGAACAGGUGCGGUGAAGAUCACACCUGCUCAUGACCACAACGACUACGAAGUGGGCGUGAGACACAAUUUGCCCUUCGUCAACAUCCUGGAUGAGAAUGGUGUACUCGUCAAUGUGCCUUCUCCAUUCCUGGGCAUGAAGCGUUUCGAGGCGAGGAAAAUGGUGCUCCAAGCCCUGAAGGAAAAAGGCCAGUUUAAGGAGAUCAAAGAUAAUCCCAUGGUGGUGCCGAUGUGCAGCCGCUCUAAGGACAUUGUCGAGCCUUUCCUGAAGCCGCAGUGGUAUGUUGCCUGCGCGGAGAUGGGGAGGCAGGCGGCCGAAGUCGUCAGGAGCGGAGAGCUGAAGAUCAUCCCAGACCACCACCUCAAAACCUGGUUUAACUGGAUGGAUAACAUCAGGGAUUGGUGUAUCUCUCGUCAGCUCUGGUGGGGUCACAGGAUCCCAGCGUAUUUCGUCACAGUGAACGAUCCUUCAGUGAAACCAGGGGAGGAUGUAGACGGUCAUUACUGGGUCAGUGGAAGGUCAGAGGAAGAAGCUCGGGAAAAAGCUGCGAAGCGCUUCAACGUCACCGUGGACAAAAUCUCCCUCCGCCAAGAUGAGGACGUCUUGGAUACCUGGUAUUCCUCUGGAAUCUUUCCCUUUUCCAUCUUUGGAUGGCCAAAUGACAACGAGGACCUGAGAGUGUUCUAUCCAGGCACUCUUUUGGAGACGGGACACGACAUCCUGUUCUUUUGGGUGGCUCGCAUGGUCAUGAUGGGGCUCAAACUCACAGGCAAACUUCCUUUUAAAGAGGUGUACCUGCACGCUGUGGUGAGGGACGCUCACGGAAGAAAGAUGAGCAAGUCUCUGGGAAACGUCAUUGAUCCUCUGGAUGUCAUCACUGGAAUCUCACUGGAGGGUCUCCAUGAGCAGCUGAAGGACAGCAAUCUGGACCCUCUGGAGAUCGAGAGGGCUAAACAGGGACAGAAAUCUGAUUACCCCAAUGGAAUUCCCGAGUGUGGAACUGAUGCUCUGAGGUUUGCUCUGUGCGCCUACACCAGCCAAGGACGGGACAUAAACCUGGACGUGAACAGGAUCCUGGGCUACAGGCAUUUCUGCAACAAGCUGUGGAACGCUGUUAAGUUUGCCAUAAAGACGCUGGGGGAGGGCUUCGUGCCGUGGGAGAAAGCUCAGCUGUCCGGCAGCGAGGGUGUGUCCGAUAAGUGGAUUUUGUCUCGCCUCAGCGCCGCUGUGGCCCUCUGUGAAAAUGGAUUCCAGGCCUAUGAUUUCCCAGCCAUCACCACAUCCAUCUACAACUUCUGGCUCUACGAACUGUGUGAUGUUUACCUGGAAAGCGUGAAACCUGUGAUAAGCAGAACAGAUGCAGAAGGCAAAAAGCAAGCAGACAUUUGCAGGCAGACUCUCUACACCUGUCUGGAUGUGGGGCUCCGCCUCCUGUCUCCCAUUAUGCCCUUCGUCACAGAAGAGCUCUUCCAAAGGUUGCCAAGGAGGCGGUCUAAGGACAGCCCCCCCAGCAUCUCUGUCACCCCCUACCCAGAAACCUCAGAGUUUUGCUGGCACAGCGAGGAACUCGACCAGCAGAUGGAGUUUGUGAUGACCGUGGUCAGAACCAUUAGAUCACUCAGGGCCGACUACAACCUGACCAAGACCCGCCCGGACUGUUACCUGCAGUGCAUCGACUCUGCCACGGCAUCUCUGGUGAAGAAAUACAGUCUGCAGAUCCAGACUCUGUCCUACUCUCAGGCUAUCCACCUGGUCAUCGGGAACGAACAGGCAAUCCCAGAGGGCUGUGCGGUGGCCAUCGCUUCAGACAAAUGCACCAUCCAUCUCGUGCUGAAGGGCUCGAUUGAUGUGGAAAAGGAGGUGGUCAAGCUGACGACGAAGAAGGCCGAGCUGGAGAAACAGAUGGAGAAAUUGCAGGAGAAAAUGAAGAAGAGCGACUACAAAGAGAAAGUUCCAGCGAAGGUUCAAGAGCAGGAUGCCGAGAAGCUGAGGCAGAAUCAGACCGAGCUGCAGAAAGUGACAGAAGCUAUACAGAACUUCAGGAAGAUGAUGUAACAUGUAGUCUACUUUUUUCACCCCCUUUUUUUUUUUCACACUGAUUGCUUUCUGUAUCAAUAUUUACACACUGAUUGCUUUCUCUCUGUAGUUGUGAAGGUGUAUCUAUAAUGUUUUUAACUGGUGUAAUCAUGACGAGUACUUAAUCAAAUACAAAUAUUGGCUUCAACAUUUA